GUGAAGUCCACUUCGCAGUAAACUUAAGAGAGAUUGGUUGUACUACCCACCAAAUCAACCUCUAAACUUCUUUCUGAUUGGAUCACGUGUUUUUUUUUAUUCGUCUCCUUCUCGCGCGAAAUAUAGGGCACUAGGCAGCAGGCAGGUACGAGACAGGAGAGAAUAAGAAGAGAACGAGGUGAAACUAUGAUCAGAAUCGGCCUUUUUUUAUUUUGCGGCUCUUUGCGCCACUGUGAUUUGUCCUGUGAAAGAUGAUGAGAGGCAUCUGAUAAAAGAAGGUUCUAACCUUACCUAUAACACCAAUGUUAGCAUGGAUGGAAAUCAGAUCUUGUUCACUUUUGAAAACCAAAAUCAAAGUAAGACUGCAUUUGCCCAAAUCUUCUGCAAAAAUGGAGUGUGUCUCAAAAACGUAAGUGAUCCCAGAGCCAUAAUAACAGUAGGAGAGAAUACCAUUUUCUCUCUGAGCAAUGUCAAUACCAGUGAUUCAGGAAGAUACAGUGCACUCUUCAAUGGACUGUAUAUUCUGUGGACCCUACCAGUUAAGGUAUAUGCUUCACUGGCUCUCCCAGAUAUCACACUGGAGUUGUCGAGUACACAUUGCAUGUUUCUGUGUUCAGUGGAAUAUGGAGAAAAUCUGACACUCUCUUGGUAUAACACCACCAGUCUAGUGUCUAAUAACAGCACCCUUAACGGUAGCAAACUUUUGCUACCUUUGGAGAUCAAACCUGAUGAUAAUAACAAUUAUACCUGUGUGGCCACCAACCCAGUAGACAAUCAGACUGUGAUCUUAAUGGAGUCCUGUAAAUCAGAGUUACGCUUGCAUAUCAUCAUUUGCAGUGUCAUCGGGAUUGUGAUUUUAAUCUGCAUUUCCAUUGUCUUUAUCUACAGGAGGUGUAAGAAACGAAGGACCCAGCAGCCGAACAGAGAUGAAAAGGAGAUGAAGACAUUCCUGUCACAGGACCCACAAAGGGAAGGGCAACACCUGUCUUCAACCUCGUGUGUGUGUAUAAUAUAAUAGAGUAUAGUAUAUAUAUAAUAUAUAAUAUAUUUAUUAUAUAUAUUAUUUUAUUAUAAAAAAAAUAUAUAUAUAUAUAUAUAUAUAUAUAUAUAUAUAUGUCAAAAAAUUUUAAUUUUUCUUUUGAGAGGGGUAUUAUUUUUUCCGAUAUUCACGCAAAAUAGAAUGGGUUUCAUUCAUACUGGACGGCAGAGGGCGCCCUCGUGCAAAAAAAACCCCACAUGCAUCAAAGUAGCAGCACUGAUGACUUCCGUUCCAGCUUCUCUAAUAUGGAUAAAAGCAUCGCUAUUGCUGUAACUGAUUAAAAACAAGAAAUGACGUUAAAUGUUUUGAAUGACGAAAUGUAAGGACAAUAAACACUCGUCUGCAAUAAUAUAUGGUUUAUCUGUGUUCUUCAAGCCAUUUCGGGUAUUUUCAUAAGCCAUUGCUAAUCGACAUACAUAGAAUAUGAGUAUAGAAUUUAUUGUCUUUCUCAUUCUGUGAUGAGAAUCCACAUUAGGUCACACAAGGAAGUUAUUUCAAAGACUCGACUGAUGUUGUGAAUUAAAAACAAGUUAGCAUGUGUUGUUUUUUUUUUUUUUUCAUAACUUUUGUUUUUAUAACUUUUGUUGGACAACAGGUUUAGAAAGGCUUAUCAUUGCAUGUCGUUAGAAUGGAAGCGUUUCCUCAUUUCAGCACGUAAAAUCGCGCACAUACAGCAAAUUCUGAGAUGAAUAAAACAACGAAGUUAUUUAAAUGCAGAACCCGAAAAACCGCAGUUCACAAGUGUGCAUUGAACCGUGGAUGUCGUACCGAAAGGUUCGAUAUUAUAUUGAGUAUUGUGACAUCCCUACAAGCAAUUGUGAUAUUUUUUUUGUUUGUUUGUUUGUUUGUUUUUUUAAAUGAGGCUAUGACCUUAUUUUACACUAAAUGGACAGUUUGUAAUGGUAGUUUACUGUUAAGAAAAAAAGAAAGGGGAAAAAAAGUAGCUGAAUUUUAUUCUUGUGGAAUGUGUGAUGUCAAUCUUCAAGAUUGAAUGGAUUCUGAAGGAAACUGUGGCCUUAUUCACAAUUUCUAUUAUUUUGACCACCUCUGACUCUGUUUAAUGAAGACCAUUGAAAAGUAUUUAUAAAUAUGUAGCUGUUGAUGGUGUUGUUGGAUGAGCUUUGCCUUGAAGGCAACAAAUUAUUUCUUCAGUAUACCAUUACAUUUUGUGCAAUUUUUUAUUAACCUUUUGCACUGUGUGAUUUUUAUAAUGUGUGUGAUAACCUGAAUGUCCUCUUUUUGUUUUGCAUAGUCGACAGUGUAUAAUGUUACAUGGAAAAACUUUAUGAAUUUAUGUGAACAGUUUAACAGUCUAAGAAAUUUAUUUCAAAUAUAUUUAUACUGAGAAUUGCUUUUUUUAAAAAAAAUUUAAAUGUUUAAAAUUAUUUCUGUGACUGAUUUAUAGCAAUCUGUUGGGAUUGCAUCAAUUUUUAUAUUUUUCCUUUCAUUCAUUAUUCAUCCCAGGUUUCAAGGGAUAUUUGUUUUCGCUAGAACAAAAUAAGAGUGCCUGUGGAUGAUGCUGUGAUGCUGUAAUUCUCCAUUGCUAUUGCUUGUGGUGUAAUUGAUGGAUAACACUUGGAUGGGUGCUGGUCAGAUGAAAUGUGCAACUAUGCUGUACUUUUACAUUUGUAUAUAUACAAAAAAAAAAAAAAAAAAA